AUGGACAGGGAGGCGUACCGCAACUGCUGCAGCCUGGUCAAAAUGCCGAGGCAGCCGUACGAGCAGUUCUGGUCCUCGCACUUCGUGGACUACAUCGACAAGGAGCUGAGCUACUCCAGGUUUUUCAAGAAGUACCUGCUCCCCAACCACCCCUGCAUGUUCUCCAGGAGGUUCACGGAGGGGUGGAAGUGCAGGAAGCAGUGGGUGACCGAGGACGGGAAGCCUCACUUCCAGAAGCUGCUGCAAGAGUUUGAUGAGACUCCUGUUCCUGUUGCAAACUGCAAUGCAAAGGAGUACAAUGCAAACCCCAAACAAGUGAUGCUUUUUAAAGAGUUUAUACACUACUGGAAGGAAUAUAUCCAGAAUGGACACUCGUCGCCCAAAGGAUGUCUCUAUCUUAAAGACUGGCACAUGUCAAGGGACUUUCCUGAACACAAUGUUUACACCACGCCGGUCUUCUUUUCUUCCGACUGGCUUAAUGAAUACUGGGAUACGCUCGAGGUGGAUGACUACCGGUUCGUCUACAUGGGGCCGAAAGGUUCAUGGACCCCAUUCCACGCUGAUGUGUUCCGCUCCUACAGCUGGUCAGCCAACAUCUGUGGUAGGAAGAAAUGGCUCCUGUAUCCCCCAGGUCAGGAGGAGUUUCUGCGAGACACUCACGGCAACCUCCCUUACGAUGUAACCUCGUCAGAACUGCAAGACAAAGGCCUUUUCCCUCGCUCCGACGAAGCCUGUCAACCUCUUGAGAUUAUUCAAGAGGCAGGUGAAAUCAUAUUUGUGCCCAGUGGCUGGCACCAUCAAGUUUAUAAUUUGGAAGAUACCAUAUCUAUUAAUCACAACUGGUUAAAUGGCUGCAACGUCGACAUCAUGUGGCAGUUCCUUCAGAAUGAGCUGUCGUCUGUUCAAAAAGAGAUCGACGAGUGGAGAAACACGAUGGAUUCUUGGCAUCAGCACUGCCAGGUCAUCAUGAAGGCCUGCUCUGGUAUUGAUUAUGCUGAAUUUUCUUCAUUCCUAAAAAUAAUUUCCGACAACCGAAUGGCCUACCUGAAUGCCUGCUCUGCGGGGGAUUCCUCCGAUUACCCACGGCAUCUCUCGGAGACGCUCACCACACUUGGACCUUACCAUGCUGCCUUUGACCUUCAGAGAGUGGCUCACGUACUUGAAUGCCUACUGUGCAAUGAAGACUUUAAGCGGCUCGAUCAUUCAACACUGGCAGCGCAGCCAGAAACCAUGUUGCAGCAAAUUCGGGACACUGUUCAAUCCACAAGAGGGCAGCAUCACCUUUAUCAGGAGUGAGAUGUUAGCCAGGCCUCAGCAAUGUAAUCUUCACCUGGAAAUAGCUUGAAUGAGAAGUGGUCAUUUGUAUUGUGUAAAAAAGAGAUGAUGGUAGGUCUUAUUGUACCUAUGGUUUGAGACGAAUCGCGAUCUCAAAUGUUGCUUGUGAAUGUUUGGAACUGAUCUUUGCACUGAAAG